UGCAUUGAUUACUGGAGACGAUGUAACGUGCGUGAAGACUGUAUGCUCUCCACCGAUGAACUCUACUGUGAGGAAGAACUGAAGCUGUUUGACAUGCAUUUUCUCCGUCGGCUGAGCUACAAGAGCAUCAUAAGGAAUUUUACAGUGGAGAAUUCUCUCGAGUGCGCCAAGGCAUGCGUCAGGACGAGAAAGCCGAUGAAAUGUGGAGCUUUCGACACGGUUGUUGGGCUGAACGACACUCGGAAUUGCUCGCUGGGUGUUGAAGCAUACUCUAUCAAGGAAUUAACUCAUGAAGAAGCCGAGGAGGCCGGGGUAUCCCACUUCACCUACAGAUUCUACCCAGAAGUCGGAGAGGACGAGAUAACAUAUCACAUCGGGAUGCUCAUUUCACCGAGCACCACUCGCAACUCCGACCAAGUCAAAUUCGUCUGGAACCUCAACCUGGAUGCCCCCGACUCCAACACCAUCGUCUUUACCGUCAUGAGUGUGAAGUCGUGGACAGAAGACUGCAGUAAACUUGGAAAGAGGGGCAUGCUGAUUGUAAAACCAGCAAAAAGUAGGAAGCGAAAGAAGAACAGGGAAAGGGCUGCUGAGGAACCCGACAGCAUUAACACAUGUCUGUCAGAGCUCACGAAAGGCGACAAGUUGCGAUUCCAUAGUCUUAAGGCUAAAGUGGUCUUCUACACUACCCAUCUUCGUAAAUAUGCGCUCACUCUCGAGUAUGAACCAGAAUACAACUGCACUAAGACGAUAAUGUCCCCAGGUACCCUAAAGUCCCCGAAGUACCCCGGUAAAUACCCACCUUCUCUUGAGUGCAGGUGGCACUACAAGGCGUUGCCUGGAAACGUCAUCAAUGUUCAGAUGCGCGAUUUCAUGGUCGAGAAGGUACCCGAUUGCGAGUUUGACUACGUUCAGAUAUUUGAUGGGAAUACGACGGAGGCUACUCAGUUGACCGAGAAACGAUGUGGCUUUGAAUGGACAGACAUUAUCACGUCAACCAGUAAUCAAAUCCUCGUCGUUUUCGUCUCAGAUUCUGAGGUCAUGAAGACGGGCUUCAACGCUCUAGUCACAUUCGAACGAAGCACCGGCUCAAGACGGAGAGGACAGCGACUGACUGCAGGCGACACGGGCGACUCUGUGAAGGACUCGAACUUCGUGUUUUAUAGCCUUUGGGGGACAGCCGCUUUCGCUUUCGUUGUAAUCACUAUACUGGGCAUUGUAUGCUACAUGUUGAAGAAACGCCUGAAUGCAGCAAACGCCCUGGUUAGUACCUUCAAGAGGAACAACAUCGUCUUCGAUUCUCACUGAAAGCGUGAAGUCAAAGGCUUAUACUCUUGAAGGUGGACUAGUUUAAAACUUUGUUUAACUUGGUCCACUUGAUGUAUGGAGCGCCAAGUGUAAAGAUCUUUA